GGGUAAGCAGCGGAAAUGAUUCACCAGUGUCUUUAGCAGCCCUGGGCCCUGCCCUAGGGUUGCUAUUAGCUGAGAUGCUGAUCUGUUUCUUCUUGGAGAUCCUGGGUAAAGGCUGCCCAUUCGUUGCAGUGCUGCUGGUGGUUUUCCAGUGGACUUCAGAAGCAGCAAGACCUCUGGAAAGAAAAGUUGCAGCCGUGGGAUCCUCGGUGCUGCUGUCUGCACCAGACAACAUAAAAGACAUCAACUUCAUCCAGUGGGAAUAUCUAAAUGGCAACAUAUCAGACUUCAUUGUGCAAUACUACGUGGGGUCACUGGAGCCAACUAUCUAUGCGCACUAUGGAGACAGAGUCGUUUUCUAUUCAACUAAUGGCUCCCUCUUGCUGGAAAAACUACAAGAGACAGACAGCGGGGUCUACAAAGCCAGUAUCAAUCUGAUUGAGAACGAAGCCAGGACAACCCUUCUGAAAGUUCUCAGGCCUGUGACCCAGCCUCAGAUAUGGAGCAAUUCUAGCCUGGCAGGUUCACCGAUUGAGUUAUUCUGCAACGUGCCAGAGAGAACAGUGGAGAACAUUGACUGGGAGAAAGAAGGACGCCCACUCCCCCAGGAAAGAUGUUACCUUCUUUCUGAAAAUGACAGUGUGUUGCACAUUGGGAAAGGGGAAAAAUCAGACUGUGGCUCCUAUUCCUGCAAUGUCAGCAAUGAUAUCAGCUGGCAGGAAUCCUCGCUGAACUUGAUCAUUGUCGGUAUCUCGCCUCCUCUAGAACAUGCUUUGAAAAUGUCUGCUGUUGCUUUGGUGUUUGCUCUGGCCUCUGGAAUGGGCUUCUUUGUCUUGUGCUGCCAGUCAGGAAAGCAAAGAAUCAAGGGGAAGACCUGGAGAUGGAUGAUCAUAUUCAUUCAGGGUCUGGUGUGUGUCUCUUCCAUCUUGCUGUUCGCUGCAACUGUCCUCUGGAUGCAGAAGGAAGGUCCCUCUGCUGCCUUCAUAUUGCUUCAGAUUUUGUUUGUAUAUGUGAUAAUAGUAACGGCCCUGAUAUCAGCAACGUUGGUGUGUCAGCCUGCAAAGCUCAGUGGAUUUAAGACCAAACCAUGGCAGCGUGUCAUCCUGGACUCUGCAGCCCCUGGAGCAGUGAUAUUAGUGGUCCUGUUUGCCAGCCUCCUACUCCAGAAAAUCUACAAGCUCCAAGACAGAGGCUGCUCACAGACUGUAGAUCUGACCAGCUACGCAGUCACCUCAGCUGUAAUAUCUCUCCUUGGCCUUCUAACCCUCUUCAUUUGGUAUCACAGGAGCCAAGGAGACCAAAGAGAAAAUAAACGACAUUCCAAAGAGGAAGCAGACCAGGAGGUGCGGCAGGAGCUUGGGGAAGACAUGCUGCAGCGGCCGUAAAGAGCAUUACCUAGUCUCAUGCCACCAAGAAUGAUCCAGAAGAAGCUACAAUCAAAUUUGGAAACCUGUCGUCAUUAUGGCCAGCUCUCGGUAACACCCAUACCUAAGUCUGGCUAAGGCUUCCUCUUGCAAGCCUGUGUGGUUGGUUGCUUAUAAACUUUGCCAAAAUUUAACCACCUGGGCUGAAAUUUUCACUGUCAGGACUCUGCUCACGCUCAGUCCCCCCUCAAACCCCAGAAUUUCAGUAAAAAAUGGUUCCGCUGUUGCUGAAAGCACAGUUAGGGGAAAAUAGGAACUUUUUUGCUAAUGUUAACUGAGUAUUUUCCCACCCAUUUCUUUGAAGUGCUCUUGUUCCUCUGUGUUUUUGAAGCAGGGAUUUGAAAUUGGGCAAAGUGAUGGGCUGGGGUCAGAGGUGCCUUUUACGGUUCUCAUGAAAACACUUAGGGCUAGUCUACACUAUAAGCACUACAGCAGUGCAGCUGCGCCGCAGUGUGUCUGGUGAAGACGC